AAGUUCGUUAUUCGCGCCCUUUUCCCACUUUUAUCGCGUCCGUGUUUUACUUCGUCCUUCGCAAAGACGGUAGACUUUCGCGCACGUGUUUGGUGUCCACGGUAACGCGGGGAGAGGGUUAACCGCGCAAGUUUUAUUCACUAUUCCCGCGCCCGCAGGUGUGAGUGGGUACUUGUGUCGCCGUCCGUCACGUGUUCAGAUAAAGUUUUGAAAUUUACGCGCCUUAAAUACGUUACUAUCGGAGAUAUAUGUGGGUAGCUAGUUAUACUUAAGUUUGCGAGCGUCCCGGCAAAAACAAACAGAAUUAAAAAAGCGCUGGCCUUGCGAGCGACAGAAAGGGAGGGAAAUUAACUUCGCACUCUUCAUUUGUGCACCAAUCGAGAAAAAAUUCAAUAAAGCUCGCUUCCUUUUGUCUAAUUGCCUAUGUAUACGUACUUAUGCCGACUGUUCGAUUGCUGCGACAUUUAGAAGGAAAAUGGAGCAUUUCGCUGUAUCGCCCGCGAGGGCCCGACCUCUCGACAAUAGGAAAUGCCUGGCCGCGGUUUUCCGCAGGUCAAGCACGAACCGACCUCCGAAGACGACGACUCGCAGUACGCACACGGCUAUCUUACCAACCAGAUACGAUCGUCGCUAGAACUCCAUCCAGUGAAGCUCGAGGCCGAUAUAGACGACAAUGCGUCUGCGCAUAUAUUACGGCACUUACAGGGUCCGGAGAGUCUGGAGGAGCUAGCGCCGCCGGCGCCGGCAGGCCCCGCCGCCACGCCGGUCGCCGUCAAACAGGAACCCGCCGAGCCCGCCGUCAUACUGGAGACCCUCGCGCCAGCACCGCACUCGGACACGCUGGGUUCCAUCCUCAUUGAUAGACAUAAGACGCUGCCAGGCGCGAACGAUGCAGACUCCAUGGAUUUCAUGCCUCUCCUUACUGUUAAAGACGAACCUCUCUCUGAAGGAGAGCAACACCACCUGAGUGGAUCAGACACGAGUGAUUCCAGCACCCAGCCGGAGCCGCCUCGCGGCAGUCCUAAGAACUGGACGCAGCAAGACAUGGAACUGGCAUUGGAAGCCUUGCGGACGCACAAUAUGAGCCUCACUAAAGCAUCGGCCACAUACGGCAUCCCGUCAACAACGCUGUGGCAGCGCGCGCACCGGCUCGGCAUCGACACGCCGAAGAAGGAGGGCGCGUCCAAAUCCUGGAGCGAGGAGGAUCUUCGCGGCGCUCUUCAUGCGCUGCGGUCCGGGGCUAUUUCUGCCAAUAAAGCCAGCAAGGCUUACGGCAUUCCAAGCAGCACGCUCUACAAGAUCGCUCGGCGCGAGGGCAUCCGGCUGGCGGCCCCGUUCAACGCGGCGCCCACCGCCUGGCGCCGCGCCGACCUGGAGCGCGCGCUCGCCUCCAUCCGCUGCGGGGCGGCCUCGGUGCAGCGGGCGGCUUCGCAGUUUGGCAUUCCUACAGGCACGUUGUACGGGCGAUGCAAGCGUGAAGGAAUCGAGCUGUCACGGUCUAACCCUACGCCCUGGUCCGAAGACGCAAUGGGGGAGGCUUUGGAAGCUGUUAGGGUAGGACAAAUGUCAAUAAACCAAGCAGCGAUCCAUUAUAAUCUGCCUUAUUCGUCACUGUACGGACGGUUUAAGAGGUGCAAGUAUCAAAGUCCCCAAGCAAUGCCUCAACAGAACAUGCCGGAGAUGGAGAUGGAACCUCAACAAGCCCAAAUGUACUAUCCGCACCAAGUGCCAAUGCCUGAGGAAUAUCAUCAGAGCUACAUUGUAGAACCCGAAGCCAUGCAUGCCCCCGUCAUUCAGGAGCCCUAUGGGAUGUACUAUCAAGGUUGCAGCAGCGGUAUCGCGACGAGUUGAGGGUACAACGCCUCAGGAAGCGAGGGCCCUUGACAUUGCGCUUUCUGAGGGACGUACUUAUUAGUCCAAGAUUUUAGACUUACAGAAAAAAAUAGGGUAUGGUAUACCCUCCGCACAUGAUUCUACAAUGUCGGGAGGGCUGUCUGUUGCCAGUGCCAAGCAAUGGAGUGCAAAAAUCCAUACGUUAUGCUAUGCGUACCUAGUUAUGCCUGUGGCCGCUGCAGACACAUCUGAUAUGCACUGAGGUUUUUCAGUCUUCCAUCUUUUAAAUUUAGUGUUUAUGUCAAUAACCAUGCAAGCGGUGACCCCGUCUCGCAAUACAGUUCAGUAUUUCCAUUUAAAAGUAGUGUUAUUAUUUCUAAUUAUUGAACGUUAUUAUUUAUAAUUGUUGAACGACGCGCUCAUCAUUUUAUGAACAGUAAUCAACCUGAACGAGUACAUGAUAGUCAUAGUGUAAUUUUAAUAUAAGGUAUAAGAAACGAAAUACGUAAACAAUGGCAAUUUGAUUAAUAAUGUAAUUUUCGGAUAACAACGUUUUAGCUAGCAUAUUUUUAUAAAGGCAAUUUUUUUGAUUAGCUGUUAUUCUGUCUGUGAAUAGGUCACAGAUAGAAUUCUAAGCAUGGAUUAUAUAGAGAUUCUUAAUACGGACAUGUGGGUUGUGGGAUUUCGCUAUUCUGAUAACACAUCGCAGACGCAAUUGGAAGUCAGGAAAAGUAUUAUUGAUCAGACAGAACUGACAGAUAUUCUUCCGGAAUUCUAUACAGUAAGCGCAAAUCGCGUUUGUGCACAUGUUUGUUGGUGCGCAUGUUCGCGGAAUUACAUGAAUUAUAUUAUUUUACUUUCGAAAUCUUUGUUUGAAAGUUUAUAUUAUGCGUUUACAAUUAAUUAAUCGUCCCAAACUAAGGGCUCCGAAUACUAGGACCUUUAAAGUUGUUAUUAAAUACGGGGUUUAAAUAAUAUUUGUACGAGAACAUAAAUCUCAGUAUAUAUAGGUAAAGCCUGCUGGAACUGUCCAUUCGACAGAUACCUAGUUACGUAAAGGUCUUCCUUGUCUUGCUCUUGUUAUUGCAAGCGAAAUUCCCUGUGAUAGAGGGAGAAAGUCUAAACGUAGCAAUUGUCUUCCAACUUUUUGAAACAACGACCUAAGUUUGUUUGCCUAAUCGAACCCUCGAACCGUAUGUAAGGAUCUUUAUACCACCGACUCUCCUUCACCAAUUCACAUUAUGUCAUCUUUAUCAACUAAUAACUUGAAUGAUUAAAAUCAUCACGGACUUAUAGCAAUAUACAAAAAUUUACGCAUUUUAAUUCUCAAUAUAUUUUUCUAAUCUAAUCUUAUUGUUAAGCUUCGAACAAACUUCCGAACCGUUAGUUAUGGUGAUAAUUAAGUAGGCGGGUACUAAAUCCUAAUUAGAAUAAUAACAUAGGGAAUGAUGCCUAAUAGUCAUCAAAUAAGCUAAAUCUACUGUCACAACUCUUUUUUCUGUGUGAUUUUCUAUGUUUAUUAUUCUAGGGAAAAAUUAGACUAGAGGGAUCUUUCAGCGAAUGAUAAUGGUUAGUGAUAUUCCUGUUUUCAAGUUAUUGUUAUAAUUGAUUUUGUAUAGGUUCUUAGCGAAGUAGACUGCUAGAAUAGUAGGUACAACUGCCAUUAAUAUACAUAAUUUACCUAUACUAUACAUAUAAGUAAUAAUAAAUAGCGGUAAGGCAAGGGUACGAGUAUGUAAGGGCCGAAAUGUAUUAAAUUGGUUGACCUCUUCUUUCAUCGACAAUUGUUUCAUAAAAUGUAAUGUUUCGCAGAAUUUUCAUUUGAUAGAAACUUUUUUUUUCAAACACUAAACUUUUUAAGUACAGCUAAAAGCUCAUUGUGUAAAACCCAUUAGGUCUAACAGAAAAUUGGGUUAGGUUGAAACUGCGACCCUUUGUGAAAAAAUAUGUUUUCUAUGAAAUGAAAAUUCUACGAAACAUUACAUUCUAUGAAACAAUUUUCUGCA